AUGUCUACACCGAAGAAGAACAGCAUCUGCAUCACGAUGCUUAACGUGAAGACUGACUCGAGGGCCCUCGAGCAGGUUGGAGCAGACUUGCAAUAUGAGGACUCGGAUGCGUUUGAGAGCUUCUUCACGGAAGAAGUUAAUAAUUCUCAAGGGCCAAUUCUACUUGGCAUCGAGGGCUGGCAAUUUUGGACUGACGGGAUGCUCAGAAAAGUGUUACCCAAUCUACCGCCUCCCACAUAUCACCAGAUGGGCUCUCAAAAAUCGGCAGCCACGUCCCUUCCAACAAUGGACCUUGGAGGCUCAGAGACCAGUUUUGUUGUCAACUUUAUUGACAUGGUUGAGUUGAAACAGCUCAGUCAGACUAGAAGGAAAGUUAUGUGCCUCGACGAUUCACGUGCUGCCAAACCUGUGCGAGUGUUUUAUUGGGCCUGCGAGGCCGGGGGUAUAAACUCUCACCCAGAUCGACCGAUUAUUGUUGUUUGCGUUGAGACACGAGAUCCAGGACUGGGCUUGGAGCAUCGUCUGGAAAAGGAACUGGAGAAUCAUCUGCUGUUCAAUCAACGUCGCUGGGAUCGACUUGAGCAAUCACUUCAUUGGAUUGCUGUCGAUCUAUUUUUCAUCUAUAAUAGAUGGGACGAGGUGUUGGGGGCUAUCACAGACACUGUGGCCAAUACAGAUAUACUGGUGUAUCUGAGGUCACUACCAACCAUGAUUCUAGCUAGAUCGAUCCACCGAAACAUUGGAACAUUGAUUGAGUUGAGUGAGUACAUCUAUCUCCAUGAAGCAGUAAGCCAGCAGAUCAAAGAUGCGGUCGGCCGCUCUGCAAACCAGAAAGCGAAAGAGCAAGAAGGAAAUCAAGCACCCCGACAUCUCGAAAAACGUCUCGGCGAGAUUGAACUGCACCUUCAGCACGUCAAGUCAACAACAGAGAUCAUGCAAAAGCAAUUGGAGAACCUGCUCGCACUGGCUUUCAACACCGAAACAAUCGAACAAGGACGAACGGUCGCUCGAUUAACUGGCUUAGCGUUUGUCUUUGUGCCCCUGUCCUUCGUGGCUGGUUUGUUCGGCAUGACUACAAACAACUGGAAAAUUAUCUGGUACACUCCAGCUGCCGUUGCAUCUCUCAUUAUCACUGUUCUGGCUGCUUUCUUUAGCCAUCAGGCAAUAGAUCUGUGGGACAGAUAUCAUCACGAGGCCAACCACAGCAAGCUGUCAAGGUUAUUAAGAGCAAACACGCUUGACUUUGAUAAGGAAGCGGCUAGGUCUUCCGUAAAGCAGUCUACCCGAGAGGCUAUGAUACGUUCAGUCAAGCAGAAGCUGAGCCGUAAAAGCAAUGUACUGCUUCAGCGACCUGAAGCACAUCCACCACGCAAGGAUCAACAAGUUAUUGAAGGUUUCGCCGAACCGCCACACUUUCUAGGAAGCCACACACAGAAGCCUGACUUGCCUUCUCCGAAAAUUGCCAAUGAUCGAGAAUCGGGGCAACAAUCAGCAACCAAGCCACCAAAUGGCAGUAGAAGAGAUGUAGGAGAGCUUACAAAUGACCUCGAACUUUUCUCUGUGCAGCCACAAAGAGAAGUUCCAUUCGAAAUAAUGAGCUAUGGUCCGGAUUCUAAUGUCACAUUUCACAUGCGCCGAACAGCUGAGAUUCAAAGUACUAUUGAUCGCAAGCUUGAGAUUGUCCAAGGCUUCAAUCAUUCUAAAUCUAAUCGCAACCGAGAGACAUUCAUGACACGCAUCAACUAUGGCAUGCGGCUCAGCGAUCAACACCAAGCGGCCAAGCCAAGUCAGGUCUAG